GGUGGGAGGUGCUUCGCCUCACGGGAGCGCUGCGGGAGCGGUGCGGGAUGCGGGCGGGCGUGCCGAGGGAGCAGGCCCGCUAGGCCUCUGCCAUGCUGGCGGCACGGGGCGGGCGGCAGGCCCUCCGCCGCUGGCAGGCCCUCCGCUGCUGCGCCUCCCUGCCUCGGGCGCGGUUGCGGGUCCGCGAGGCGCUGGGGGCCCCGGAGCCGGCUGGAGAGGUUAAAGUGCAGGGCUGGGUCCACUCUGUCCGAUCCCAGAAGGGAGUUUUGUUCCUGCAUAUAAAUGAUGGGAGUUCUCUGGAAAACCUCCAGGUGGUUGCUGAUCCCAGCCUGGAAAAUAGAGACCUGACUUUUGGAAGCGCAGUGGAAGUGCAAGGAAAACUGGUCAAAAGUCCUCAUAGGAUGCAAAACGUGGAGCUGAAAGCUGAAACCAUCCGUGUGGUGGGACCUUGUGAUACUUUGUCGUUUCCCCUGAAAAGGAAGGGGAGGCACCCACUGGACUAUGUCCGACAGUUCCCUCACCUGCGAUGCAGAAACACCACACUUGGCUCCCUCUUGAGAAUCCGCAGCGAAGCCACUGCAGCCAUCCACUCAUUCUUCCAGGAUAAUGGCUACGUGCAUAUUCAUACCCCCAUAAUUACAUCAAAUGACUGUGAAGGUGCUGGGGAACUCUUUCAAAUUGAGACAUCAAAUGAGGCAAGGGAAUCUGCGGAGAAGACACAUUUCUUCAAUGUGCCUGCCUUCCUGACGGUUUCUGGCCAGCUCCAUUUGGAAGCGAUGGCGGGGGCUUUUACCCAGGUGUUCACCUUCGGCCCAACGUUUCGAGCAGAAAACUCGCAGAGUCGCCGGCACCUGGCAGAGUUCUAUAUGGUGGAGGCUGAGCUGUCCUUCACUGAAAGCCUGCAAGACGUUAUGCAGGUUAUGGAAGAUCUUUUCAAGACAGCAACAAACACUGUGCUCUCCAAAUGUCCUCAUGAUGUUGAGCUUUUUCAUAAAUAUAUAGCUCCUGCCCAGAAGACCAAGGACAGGUUGGAAAAAAUGCUGAAGAACAAAUUUGUGACAAUUUCCUACGGUGAAGCAAUGGAAAUUCUGAAGCAAGCUUCUCCAAGUUUCACUUUCAAGCCAGAGUGGGGCUGUGACCUCCAAACAGAACAUGAAAAGUACCUGGUGAAGCACUGUGGUGAGGUUCCCGUGUUUGUGUUCAACUACCCAUACGACCUCAAACCUUUCUACAUGCGGGACAAUGAAGAUGGACCUCAACAUACAGUUGCAGCUGUUGAUCUCCUCGUACCAGGAAUAGGGGAGUUGUGUGGAGGCAGCUUGAGAGAGGAGCGACUGCCCUUCCUCGAGUCACGCUUACAGAGAUUAGGACUGAAAGAUGCCUACCAAUGGUAUCUAGACCUCCGAAAAUUCGGCUCAGUUCCUCACGGAGGCUUCGGAAUGGGGUUUGAACGCUACCUGCAGUGCAUCCUGGGAGUUGACAAUAUCAAAGAUGUUAUUCCUUUCCCCAGGUUUUCUCACUCCUGUCUCCUGUAGCUCAGCAGUUGACUCAUGUGGAGCAAACUGCAGGUGUGACUGUAUGUAUAUAACAUGAGGAUGUGACUAAGUAUGUUUUAGUAGGAAAUUGAGAUAAUUUUUACAGCAGUGAAACUCUUGGUAAAUUUAAUACUGGCUUACCGAAAAGAAUAUUUGUUCUGGUGAGAUGAUGGAAGCACACGUGCAGUUAAUUUGAUAGCAGUUCAUGUCUUCAGUGCACUUCCGGAAUAUUAAGAAAUCCCACUUAACUAAAGGGUUAAGUUUCUCGUGAGACUAGUACAAGCCAUGGAAGUACCGAAUAAGCGUUGUUGGGAAGUAGUGGGCGUUUUAUGUGAAAUAUUAGUAAGGAGGUGUGACCUAAAACGUACUGGGAGCCAGGACUGCUGUGAGGCUUUAAUAGGUUUUAAUUAAAUGCCUGCACAGUGCUUUGAAGGUUGAGUGUUAUAAAAUGUGAAGUAUUGUCUACUGUAAACCGUGAUUCUCCCCACCCUGACUUAAACGCCAAUAUUGUUUACCUUGGAAAAAUUAGCCAAACCUAGUAAGGAAAAAUGUCACAUUGGAACUGCUGGAGUGAAUUAGGUGAAUGAUGUCUGAUUUUGUGAAUCAUCAAUAAAGAUGUACACUAGGUUGUUUUGUAA